AUGGCGGUCCUCGCCGGACUCGUCAAGGCUAGCCCUCGGAUUGCCGUUGAUGACGCCGCGGGCCAAGCCCCGGCCGCUACCGCUCGCCCGGACGGCUGGGCGCCGCCCAAAUACGACUUCCCCGCGCCGCCUAGGGACGCAGUCGCGGUCCCGACGACCUCCGUCCGGACCCAGGUGUCUCAGGUAUCCGUCCCGCUGCCCAGUCCGACGGGGACCAGGUCGACCAAGCUCGUCACCGUGACAAAGCCUAGCGCGACUUCGACCAAGAAGGCCACGGCGGCGUCUUCUACUUUGAAGAAGACCACCACCACGCCUACCACAUCCAAGAAGGCGGGCCCGACUUCGAAGAAGAUUAGCACCACGUCCAAGAAGAUUAGCACGACUUCCAAAAAGGCGAUCACUACUCCUUGCUCUACCUCAAAAAAGAUCACCACUACCCCUUGCUCUACUUCUAAGAAGCCCACGACCACUCCUUGCAAGACUUCUUCUACCAAGAAGCCUACGACUACCCCGUGCAAGUCCUCUUCUACCAAGAAGCCCACCACCACUCCUUGCAAGACUUCUACCAAGAAACCUACCACAACCCCUUGCAAGUCUUCUUCUUCUACCAAGAGGCCUACAACGACCCCCUGCAAGACUUCUUCCACUAAGAAGCCUACAACGACCCCGUGCAAGUCCUCUUCUACCAAGAAGCCCACCACCACUCCUUGCAAGACUUCUACCAAGAAACCUACCACAACGCCUUGCAAGACUUCUUCUACAAAGAAACCCACCACAACCCCCUGCGUCACUCCCAAGAAGUUGACCUCCUCCCGCAAGAUCGUUGUUUCGACUCGUCGUACAAACACCACCACCACUUUCGUUCGCAGAACCUCCACCGCCUCAAAGCCCGUCACCGUCUCUACUCGGCGUGCCGUCCCUAUAGGUUCCCCAUGCCCUACGGUCACUCGGUAUUCCAAUGCCACGGUGACUGCUGCCCGUCCAAAGGCUACCCCGGUUCAGCCUCCUGCUCAAGCCAAUGCUCAGCCACCUGCUCAGCCCAAUGCUCAAUCCCCUGCGCAGCCUCCUGUCCAACCUCCCUCGCAGCCUCCUGCGCAGCCUCCCGUCCAGCCCCCGCCGACCACUUCGAGGAAGCCUAACACCGUUCCCACCGCAGCCGGCAACAGCGCCAAGGCCCCUUUGACCCUCGCCGGUGCCCUACUCGUUGCCAUCGCCUUCCUCUAA